CCAAGUAGCCGGUAUUACAGGCGCACGCCCGGUUAAUUUUUGUAUUUUUAGUAGAGACAGGGUUUCACCAUGUUGGCCAGGCUGUUAACUAAAUUUUUGUGGGUUUGAGUCCCAUUGAUCUAGCAAGGGCUUAGCUUAAUUAAAGUAAUUGAUUUGCGUUCAGUUGAUGCAGAGUGGAGUUUUGCAGUCCUUAUAUAUCUCAGAAACUAAGUAUGGUGUAACUUACUAAGGGCUUUGAAGGCUCUUGGUCUUAACCUAAAUUUCUAGCAAAUAGUUAGGGUUAGUGGAGAGAUUGGUAAGAGGAAGGUAGUGAGGAUAAUGAGCGGGGGGAUGAGAAGUGUAGGUUUUGUGUUUUCAAAUUGUCAUUUUAUUUUUACAUUAUUAGAUGUGGGGAGUAGUGUUAUGGAGGUAGCAUAGAUUAGGUGUAUGUAGAAAUACAAGUUAAGUAGGGUUAUUUAUAAUAACUAUAAUGAUAGGAAUGAUGAAGUUGUUGUUAGUUGUAAGUUCUUGAAUGGUAAUUCAUUUGGGCAGGAAGCUGGUUCAUGGAGGUAAGCCUCCUAUGGAUAGAAGAGUGGAUAUUAAUGGUAUUAAGUUAAUUUGUUUCAAGUGCGAGAUAAUAUGAGGGUUGUGGUGUUUGAGUUUAGAUUUAGGGCUAGAAAUGCGGUGGUUGUUAAAAUAAUGUAUACAGUUAGGUAAAAGAUUGUGACAUUUGGGUUUAUGUUAGUGUUAUCAUUAUUCAGCCUAUAUGUGUAAUUGAGGAAUAUGCUAGGAUUUUACGUAGUUGUGUUUGGUUGAGGCCUCCUCAGCUGCCUGCUAUGAUAGAUAGGAUUGAGAGGGUUAGGAGAAUACUCAUGUUAAUUGAUGGGUGGAUUUGAUAUAUAAUUGAGAUAGGGGCUAGUUUUUGUCAUGUGAGGAGAAGUAGGCCAGGAGUUAAGGGUGUUCCUUGGGUGACUUCUGGGAUUCAGAAGUGGAAGGGGGCUAUUCCUAGUUUUAUAAUGAGAGCUAUUGUUAUGAUUAGAGAUGAGAAUUGAUUGAUGUUGUUUAUUAUGGUUCAAUGUCCGGAGAGUAGGUUGUUGGAAAUGAUUGCUAUUAUGAGAAUUAUAGAUGCGGUGGAUUGUAUGAGGAAAUAUUUAGUGGCAGCUUCUGUGGAACGAGGGUUUGUUUUUUUAAUUAGAAUUGGAGUAAAAGCUAGUAUAUUUAUCUCUAGGCCCGCUCAGGCAAGGAAUCAAUGUGAGCUUAGUGAUGUAAUGAGAGUGCCUGCGAUUAUGGUAAGGUAAAUAAUUUGGGCCAAUGGGUUAAUCAGUACGGGAAGGGUGUAACCAACAUUUUCCAGGUAUGGGCCCGAUAACUUAUUUAGCUGACCUUACUUUAGGAUAGAGUGUGAUAGGUAGCACGGAGAAAUUUGGGUUCUCAGGAGUAGGUUCAACACCUAUAGUUCUAGAAAUAAGAGGGUUAAGACCUCUAUUGUUUACUCUAUCAAAGUAACUCUUUUGUCAGACAUAUUUCUAGGUUUGAGGGGGAAUGCCGGAGAUUGUGAUGGGUAUUGAGAUGUAUCAUAUGUGGAAUGCUAGUGUAAGUGGGAGGAAAUUCUUUCAUAGUAGAUGUAUAAGUUGAUCAUAACGGAAUCGGGGGUAUGUUGCUGGAGUUCAUAGGAAUAGGGAGGUUAAGAGGAGAGUUUUGGUAAUAAAGCAUGUUGUGAAUAGCUCUCCAUGAUAGAUGGGGUAUAAUGUUCCUAGGAAGAUUGUAGUUGUUAGGGCUUUUAUCAUAAUAAUGUUUAUCUAUUCAGCUAUGCAGAAUAGAGCGAAUGGACCUGCGGCAUAUUCAAUGUUGAAGCCUGAGACUAGCUCUGAUUCACCUUCUGUGAGGUUGAAGGGAGCUCUAUUAGUCUCUGCUAAUGUGGAAAUGAACCAUAUUAUGGCUAAGGGUCAUGAUGGUAGGAGGAGUCAGAGGUGUUCUUGUGUUGUGAUGAGUGCGUGAAGGUUGAAUGAACCGCUUAUUAGUAACACUGACAAUAGAAUGAUAGCAAGGGUAACUCCAUAUGAAAUUGUCUGGGCGAUGGCUCGUAGUGCUCUGAUUAGUGCGUAGUUUGAAUUUGAUGCUCAUCCUGAUCAUAAAAUGGAGUAGACAGCUAGGCUAGAUGUAGCUUAGAAUAAAUAAAAGUCCUAGGUUAAAGUUGACUAGAGGGUUGGGCAUGGGGAGGGGUGUUAUAGUAGGAGGGCAAUGGAAAAGGCCAAGGCCGGUGCAGUGGUGUAGAGAGUGGUAGUGGAGGUUGAAGGUUUUAAGGGUUCUUUGGUGAGGAGGUUUAUUGCAUCGGCAAAGGGUUGUAACAGUCCGUAGGGGCCUAUGACAUUAGGUCCUUUGCGUAGUUGCAUGUAGCCUAGUAAUUUUCGUUCAGUAAGUGUGAGAAAUGCUAUGGCGGCUAGCACAGGUACGAUGGUGAGUAGGAGGUUUGUUGUGAACAUAAUGUUAAGAAGAGGAGUUGAACCUCUGAUUGUAAAGUUUUAAAUUUUAUGCAAUUGCCGGGCUCUGCCAUCUUAACAAACCCUGUUCUUGGGUUGUGUGUGUAAUUUUUUUGUUAAGAUUAGGUCAUUUAUGGAAUGAGGGUACUUUAUGAAGUGGGCCCUAUUUCUUUUGUCCUUUCGUACAGGGAGAAAUAUAGAAUAGAUAGCAACCGACCUGGAUUGCUCCGGUCUGAACUCAGAUCCUGUAGGGCUUUAAUUUCUGUUUAUGAAAAUCAAUUACAACAGAAUAAAAAUGACCUGCUUCUCAUAUACAGUUGAUAAUGAAAUUUUCAGGGUGAAAAGGGACAAAGAUAGCAUGUUGGAAAAAAAAAGAGGUUCCAUUCUUGAUUAGAAAUACCAUCCCCCUCACUUCUUCUAUUCCUGAGUUAUCACACUUUUCUACAUCAGUGUAAAAUUUGUGCCAGACUAAAUUUUUAAAAGUAAUAUAAACUAAAUUUUUAAAACUUAGUGUCUUUCUGUAAGAAUAGAAUUACGAAAUCAUAUAAAUCCUAUUCAUCACCUAUAUAUAUAGUGCCUGUUUGAUUUUUGUAUGCAGCUAAGUCUGUGUACUCAAUUAUUCCUCAAUUCCUGUGACUUAAUUUAGCAAUCUCUAUUGCAUUGUAUAUGUGAAAUAUUGGCUAUUCCUGGAGUAAUUUAAAAGAAUAGUCCCUCUGCAUUUACCUGUGGGUCGACCGAAAACAUAUAAUGGAUGCUAUUUUAAAUGGAGAGAUUUAGAUAACUUCAAACUCCAAAACUAAAUAUGUGCUCUGGUUUAUACUUCUCUUUGCAGUCACAGCCAUUCUAUUGAUCUGAUGAUAGAUAUGAGCUAUAAGGAAGUUGAUUGACAAACCUUCAAAAACGUGUGUCAAGUAAAAAUUUUAGGAUAAAAGCAGGAGUGUUGUCAUGAAAAGUUGGAACCCUUCAGGAGGUGAACCACUUCAGUGCAAAUCUCUAUCACUGCUGAUUCACGUCACAUUUGCAGAACUAAUGAAUCAAACAGACCAUUGUGAGGUAACGCUGUGUGGAAGUUUACGAAGAGACCUGGUCCGGAUUCAAGCUUUCUGUUCCCAUUCUACUUUCUGAAAUGCCCACCAAAAGACACGGACCCCUGGCAUCUCAUGACCACUCGGGCGAUGCUGAGGACCAACCGAGGUACUAUAGGAGGCUUCUUCCUCGCUGGUCGUGAUGUGGCCUGGUGGCCGAUGGGCGCCUCUCUCUUUGCCAGUAACAUCGGCAGCAACCACUAUGUGGGGCUGGCUGGUACAGGAGCAGCUUCAGGAGUCGCCACUGUCACAUUUGAAUGGACUUCCUCAGUAAUGUUGCCGAUUCUCGGGUGGAUCUUUGUCCCCAUCUACAUCAAGUCGGGGGUGAUGACGAUGCCGGAAUAUCUCAAGAAGCGGUUUGGUGGGGAGCGACUCCAGGUCUACCUCUCCAUCCUCUCCCUCUUCGUCUGUGUGGUUUUGUUAAUUUCUUCAGACAUGUUCGCUGGCGCUAUAUUCAUCAAGCUGGCCUUGGGAUUGGACCUUUACCUGGCAAUCUUCAUCCUCUUGGCUAUGACUGCUGUUUACACCAUCACUGGGGGGUUGGCCUCGGUGAUUUACACAGACACCCUCCAGACCAUCAUCAUGCUGAUUGGCUCUUUUAUUCUCAUGGGGUUUGCAUUUAACGAAGUUGGAGGUUACGAGAGCUUUACCGAGAAGUACAUGAAUGCCAUCCCGUCCGUAGUCGAGGGGGACAACUUGACAAUCAGUGCCAGCUGCUACACACCUCGGGAGGACUCCUUCCACAUCUUCCGAGAUCCUGUGACUGGGGACAUUCCAUGGCCCGGAAUUAUAUUUGGAAUGCCCAUUACAGCUUUGUGGUACUGGUGCACAAAUCAGGUCAUCGUGCAGCGCUGCCUGAGUGGCAAGGACAUGUCUCACGUGAAGGCCGCUUGCGUCAUGUGUGCUUACCUGAAGCUGCUGCCCAUGUUCCUCAUGGUGAUGCCAGGGAUGAUCAGCCGCAUCCUGUACACAGAUAAGGUAGCAUGUGUGGUACCUUCUGAAUGCGUGAAACACUGUGGCGUUGAUGUCGGCUGCACUAACUAUGCAUACCCAACGAUGGUGCUGGAACUGAUGCCCCAAGGACUGCGAGGCCUGAUGCUUUCGGUCAUGCUGGCCUCUCUCAUGAGCUCCCUGACCUCCAUCUUCAACAGCGCCAGCACCCUCUUCGCUAUUGACCUCUACACCAAGGUGCGAAAGCAAGCGUCGGAGAAAGAGAUCCUGAUAGCUGGACGGAAACUGGAACUGAAUGAGUUGGGAAAGCACGUGACUUGCCUUCCAAUGGUGAUACAGAAUAAAUACCAACAAAUAUUUGUUCUUCUAUUAACUGUUGUGAGCAUUGUGUGGGUCCCAUUGGUACAAGUGUCUCAAAAUGGACAACUAAUCCAUUACACAGAAUCAAUUUCUAGCUACCUUGGACCUCCAAUUGCAGCUGUCUUUGUGCUUGCCAUCUUCUGUAAAAGAGUCAAUGAACAGGGAGCAUUCUGGGGUCUAAUGGUCGGACUUGCCAUGGGCCUCAUUCGUAUGAUAACAGAGUUUGUUUAUGGAACAGCGAGUUGCUUGGCUCCAAGUACCUGUCCCAAGAUUAUCUGUGGAGUGCACUAUCUCUACUUUUCCAUCAUUCUCUUUUUUGGGUCCAUGCUGGUCGUCCUGGGAAUUUCCCUCUUAACAAAACCCAUUCCUGAUGUACAUCUGUACCGCCUGUGCUGGGUUCUUCGGAACAGUACAGAGGAGCGAAUCGAUAUAGAUGCAGAAGAGAAAAGUCAGGAAGAAACAGAUGAUGGUGUUGAAGAAGAUUAUCCUGAGCAAUCACGUGGAUGCCUCAAGAAAGCUUAUGACUUGUUCUGCGGUUUGCAGAAGGGACCCAAGAAGGGACCCAAGCUAACCAAGGAGGAAGAGGAAGCCUUGAGAAAGAAGCUCACAGACACAUCUGAGAGGCCCUUGUGGAGGACAAUAGUGAACAUCAACGCCAUCCUCCUCCUGGCUGUGGUGGUCUUUAUUCAUGGCUACUAUGCCUGAACUGUAUCUGAGCCAUUGGAAUAAUGAAUAAUUCUUAAUAAUGAACCAAAGGAUAAGUUGAGUGAUUUUCAUUUUAUAGUGUGUUGUGUGGCAAAAAAAAUCAGCAGUUGGUAAUUUUAUCCAA